CGUUACACCUCCUCUUCACUUAGUUCUUCUGCCCUUCCUCCAGGCCCACUCCCUCCUCCACCAUCCACUCGCGGCGUCCGUCCUCGCUCAGGCAGCUUCGAUGACCCUUCUUAUCUUAUCGCACAACCUCAACCUCCCUCCAAACGACCACGUAACGAACGCGGAGAAUAUGACCACAGGCCCCCCCUCUCGCCACUCGAGUAUUCGUGCUACUUCGCAGGACAUCGAGGAUCUCCUCCUUGACGCUGCCACUGACGAAAGGAGUGUUUUAAAUGCUCGUGAUCAACAGCCACAGUCUCCUCGUGCUGUCUUGGCUGCCCACCAGUCAAGGAAUAUCCCCGUAGGUCCAUUAGAUCAGCCUGGCGAGCUCAGGACCUAUCAAACACAUAUUUUUGCCCCUCCCGUUACCGGCGCCCCCCAAAAGAAGGGCAAACCAGGGUCAAGUGCAAAUAUUACGCCAGCUCACAAUGGCUCCCCACUAACACCUCCUAACGCCAUUGUCACUCCCAUCGCACCAGUUCCUCCGCCUCCCGUUCCCCCCACAACUUCGUUCCCCCCCACUAACUCUAUUGGUCAACGCAUCUGCCGCCAAUGUGGUUUACCAGGGCGCUACAAAGAUAACAAAUGCGUCGAAAAAUGGGGGCCUGGGCCAGAAGGGCCUGGUACUGUGUGCGACCGUUGCAGAAAAAAAAUGAAGCGGGUGGAGCGGCGGGGAACGACCGAUGCAAAUGUGGCUGGCAGUAGCAACGCUAGUGCAGCUCGAUUGCACCGUACAGAUACCAUUCCUGUUGGUACGAUCACUGGGACGCAAAGACAGGCGCAGACACAGUCGCAAGUUUUUCCAAGCUCAGCAUCUUUCGUGCCGCCUGUACUUCUACAGGACAAGAAACGCAGUGGUGGGUCUGCAAAGGACCGCGAGAGAGAUCGGAACCGUGACCCUCCCUCCCCGCCUGCGAUCGCUACUCUCCAGACCACAGACGACGAAGACCCUGGACGAAGACGACGGGGUGCGGUGUCCUCUGGUGGGUGAAACAUCCUCCAUUCUAUCACCCCUAGUUGACACACACCUCUCAGCGCAACAUCUUCCUUCUCCCCACUCCGACCCCAACACAGAUCCAGACGCAGACGGCGAAGGUGAUGCGGAUGUGGACGCAGAGUUGAGAGAAGCAGCUGAUGCUGCAGCUGACCACCGCAGUGCGUCUUCGACUGGCAUGAAGGAGGAAGACAUGGAAGUUGGGGAGUA